CCUUUCCUGCUGCGCGCAAUAUUUAUUUUCGGUCUGAUUUAAAACGCAUUUCGGUGUUGUUGUACAAAACUUUUCUACCAAAUAAUUCUCUACAGUACAAACGGAAAAUGUGUGUUAGGUUAUAAUGAUAUUCAAGCAUCUGUUAUCGUCUUGCUCAAAAACAAAGAACCAACUGCUGCAGGUGAAAGCACGAUCAGCAAACAACGGCGUCACGACACCUCCCAACAAAUCUGUACCUACGCCAGCAGCAUUUAGCGUGUUAAAUGUCCGCUACGUUUCCAUCUUCGAUGGCAAGGAUGACCCAUCCCUACCGGGUACGUCUCUGUUCAACAUCAAGAAAACAGUCAAAGCCUCUCCAUAUGAAUGCACGGAAGGAUUCACAUGCAUACGGACGGUGUGUCCCGUUUGUAACGUCAUACCGGGCCAGACUGAGAGUACCAAGGCAAAGAACAAACCGAUAUACGUCAACAAGACCACGGGUAACUUUACCUGUUCGACUUGUCAGCAUUUGGGACGGUGGGACCACAUCGAGAAGUUUUUCCUGCCGUUCAACAAAAGUGCCCGGACGGUUCAGGAAAUGCGAACGCUGAGGGAUGCAUUUCUGGAGAGCAAAAAGGGAGAUUUCAAAACAUCCAUUGAGCUUCCAAAUGGUUCGGUUAAGGUUGAUGAGAACCUUGCCGCGGAAGUGUGCAGUAAGUUAGGUUUGAAUGAAAUUCCAGGGUCAAGUUUAGUUGCUAUCGGAUCUAGGUGGAAUGCGGAUGAAGGCCAUUUAUAUGUUCCUCUUGUUGACGUAGAAUCUAGGAUAGUUGGUUACAAAGUAAUUAGCCUUUCAAAUCAGACCGGCGAGGAUGUGCUAAUCGAAAGAACCGUUCCCGAAGCGAACUGUUCGGGUUUAGUGUAUUUUAAGUGCUCAGCUGCUUUUGGAACGACAUCGAAACCUACUACCAAAGACCACUCCAACGCCAUUCUGGUACUUAACGUAAUGGAUCUGUUAGCGUUGAGUACUGCUAAAAUUAAUGUAACAGCAAUUUGUCUUCCACAUGACCUCAAAAGUCUACCUCAGCAGUGCCUUCCCGGAUUGGAACGAUUUCAAAAAUUAACACUAUGGUUCAACUACGACACCGCCGGCUGGGACACAGCUCGUAACUAUGCCAAAAAAUUGGACGAGCGAAGAUGCAUGUUUGUACGACCCACCGAUGCACAUCCAACUCCAGCUAAGGCACUUUCGUUGGGGCUUGACCUGAAGGGGAUCUUUUCGAAAGCUCAACCAAUAUUACAUCAGUCCAUCACAACCUUUCACUCGCUACGGCAGGACGUGCUGAGUGAUCUGCAGAAUAUCGAUAAGGUUCAAGGAGUCAAAUGGAAGAGAUAUCCAACGUUAAACAAACUACUGAAAGGGCAUCGGAAAGGCGAAUUGACCGUUUUAACUGGGCCUACUGGUUGUGGAAAAACCACGUUUAUGUCAGAUUACUCCCUAGAUCUUGCCUUACAGGGUGUAUCAACGCUCUGGGGAUCUUUCGAAAUUCGAAACACUCGAUUAGCUUCUACAUUGUUGCGACAAAUGGCCGGACGACCGCUGGACGUGAAUUUGUCCGAAUUUGACUAUUGGGCGGAUGAGUUUGAGCGACUGCCAGUCUACUUCAUGACCUUCCACGGUCAGCAGCCAAUCAAAGUCGUUAUGGAGGCCAUCGAGCAUGCGCAGUACGUGAAUGACAUCCAGCAUGUGAUCAUCGACAAUCUCCAAUUUAUGAUGGGUGUAUCGGAGGAGUCUAAGCAUUUGGAUCGCUACUGGAAACAGGAUGCGAUCAUCGCAUCAUUUCGAACGUUUGCCACCCGGAAGAACUGCCAUGUGACGCUAGUGAUCCACCCCAGGAAGGAACGUGAUACAGAUGAUCUGACGACCAGUUCGAUUUUCGGGGGAGCGAAAGCUUCCCAAGAGGCGGACAAUGUAUUGAUAAUUCAGGACAAACGUCUAACGUCGGUUCGGGGAAAGAAAUAUCUGCAAGUGGCGAAAAAUCGAUUCAGUGGAGAUCUGGGUAUUAUGCCUCUCGACUUCGAUAAGCUCAGUCUGAGUUAUGCUCAGAAGCGAAAAAAGACUGAAUCGGUAGACACCCUCGCAGCAGACCCAGCUGAAACAACAAUCAGUGAUUCCUAGAG